AUGGACCAGACACCGCGCCUUCGCAGCGCUUUUCCACAGACACCAGCGACGAGCAGGAGAUCAACACAAUAUGGAGGCUCACCGUCACGGCAGCGCAAAAGCGCACCCUUGCCCUCAAUACCUACAGUCGCGCCGGCAUCAUCGCAACCCCCAAGUGAUCCCCUCAUCCCCGAACACAUACUCGAUGCGCCAACACAGCGAUUAUUCGUCGUUUCCCUGGCGAUAGCGCUGUGGUCAUGGCGGAUCUACGACUGGAGCAUGCUGAACGAAUCGGAAGAGCAGAGCCUGUGGCUGUUUAUGAAAUGGGUUGCGGUAGAUGGGGUGUUUCUGUUUGGACUGCCUGGGCUGAGGAUACCAUGGCUGGAGUGGGACGCUUCGACGAUGGCGUUGCUUUUCUUCUUCCACGCUAUGGCGGAUAUGAUGCUCAUGUUUCGGAUACCAAUUCCUGUGAGCGCUGGGCUGGCUGCGCUGGGGAGGAAUCUAUGGGGCGCAUAUGAGAUGGCCGUGAACGAGCACACUGUGAACGCAGAGUCUGUGCGAUUCAAUGAGUCUUUGAUACUGGGCCGGCAGAUCAUUCACAUCCUACCUGAAGGUUCAGCAGAGCUCAAUCCCAGCAAGGAUGCAUUCUGCCUGGAUCAGACGCGAACGGAGGUCAGGCUUCCCAUCAAGAUCAAUUCGACUAAUCCGAUAGCCAUGGAGCUUUUACGGACGGACCUGGACACCCAGCAGAACGAGACGAUCCACAUCAGCAAAGCGAACAUCAAGAACAUGCACAAAGAAGCGUCACGGCUCGUCUCGUACAGCGAAAAGCCAAACGAGCCCAAGACGCUGUACUACACGGUCAAGAAGCCCGGCCUUUAUGUGCUAGCGAAAGUGCUGGACGAGACGAACCUAGAAGUCUCAAGGAAGCGACUGGCACAUACGGUCGUGGCAUCAUGUCCCAGGGCAGCUGUGAUAUCCACGAAGCCGGACAGAUGCAGAGGAGACCUCUCAAGCCUGGAGAUGGAAGUCGUCGGUGCGCCACCCUUGACGCUUAAGUAUCGGAAACUCGUGAACCAGGUAUCCCAAGAUGCAACAUUCGAGAACAUCCUGCCUGAAGACUUCAGCUCCCCGCUGGCAAGGCAGGAUCCGGGCGCGUUGGUGGUUCCCAACAAAGUCGAUACAAUAUGGGCCAAGUCGCAACGGAUUGUGGUGCCUAUUAGCGAGAGCUUGGGCCGACCUGGAAAUUGGGUCUACUCCAUCGACGAGGUCAGUGAUGCGUUUGGCAACCGGGUGAGCUACUCUGCGCGCGAGAACCAGGACCCAGACCGUCGCCUAGCCAAGAACCAUCACAUACACCAAGUUGUCAACGUGCAUGAGCGACCUACGAUCACUGUACAAGGCUGCACUCCGCAACGUCCGCUGAAGGUCGCUAAGGGCGCCUCAACGUAUUUGCCUCUGCAGUACGGGUCAACCGGACGAGGGGAGGUCGCCAACACAUCCUACCACGUCCAGUACACGUUUUCUGCGCAGGGUCAGGUCUCUGCUAAUGGCGAGCUGCCGGCUCCUGUGGAGCAGAACCCUUUCGUCAGAAAGCAAAAGGGCCAGCAACCAAGAAUCGGCCAAGCUGGUCUCUACACUGUGACGAGUGUAUCAACCGAUUUCUGCACUGGCGAAGUUCUGGAGCCGGCCUCGUGUGUUUUGCAGAAUCCUCCCGAGCCUAAGCUGACCUUGCAGUCAACUGAGCUAUCCGACAAGUGUGCAGGUCGACCCAUCGGACUCAUGGUGGACUUUGAUCUGGUCGGCACACCGCCCUUCGAUAUCAAGUAUCGUGUGAAGAAAAAGAAUGAUCGGCACCACGGAGAGGAUACAGUGCGGGUGGGAGGCUUGCGUGGACAGCUCGAGUUGAAGCCCCCGGAAGCCGGUCACUACACGUACGAGUUCCUCAGCAUCAGCGACGCGGUCUACGUGAAUCUGCCGAUCGCAGUGAGCAAUCUGGAGCAAGACGUCAAGCCAUCUGCCUUCGCCAGAUUCCUUGGUUCCAGUGAGCGGCAGACAAGGUGUAUCGAAGACUCUGCCUCGUUGGCUGUUGCUCUAUCCGGUCAAGGGCCAUUCACGUUGGAGUACGAGCUCGUGCACAGCGGAAGACGCAAGAAGUACACCCUGAAUGAUGUCGACACCCCCAAGAUCAACAUUGAAACCGAGCCACUCAGGGACGGCGGAGAGUACACGUUGGCUCUUAUCAGCGUAACGGACGCCAUGCAGUGCAAAGAAUCUCUCAGGGACGAGGCAAAGAUCUAUGUACGACCUCAGAAGCCCAAAGUCGGCUUCAAGACCGUCAAUGGACAGCGCUCCAUCAACACGGUCGAGCGGAAGAACGUGGAGCUUCCGUUGCGUCUUGAGGGCGGUGAUGGGCCUUGGAGUGUCAAAUACCGCGAUCAGAACGGCAGGGUCAGCACUUUGAACGCCAGGGGCAUGAACGAGUGGCUCUCAGUCUCAGACGCUGGCAUCUACGAGCUGGUGGAUGUCCACGACGCAGCCUGCCCUGGUGUUGUCGAUGAUGCAGCAAAGACCUUCGAGGUGAGCUGGAAGGCUCGACCAGAGAUGCGUAUUGCACCGAGCGAUGCUUUCGAACGCAGAGGUAAUACCUUUGUCAAGUCGGAGGUAUGCGAAGGAGGCGAUGAUGCUAUCGAGAUGCUCUUCAAGGGCGCAGCGCCUUUCCAAGCGAACUACGUGCAGCACGUCAAGCUUGAGCAGAAGGCGAGCAUUGCGGACCAGCACAAGGAGAUCAAAGCUGCUUCAAACAUGGCUUCGAUGCGCUUGGACACAAGGAUGGCUGGCACGUACGAGUAUCGCUUCACCCAGCUGACGGAUAGCAACUACGACCACCACAGCCCAGCACACUUCACGCCCGUCACAGUCCAGCAGAAAGUCAAUGCCCGGCCAUCGGCAGCUUUCGCCUCGCCAAACAAGAACUACAAGUUCUGCUCCGUCGAAUCCGACGGCGAGGAAGUCGUCCCCAUUACUCUCCACGGCGCUCCACCUUUCGACCUGGAGAUCGAGAUCAAGCACCAGUCAGCUGCUCCAGAAACCGUCUCCCUGACCGGCAUCUCCAGCACAUCCUACAACCUCCGCAUCCCCCACAGCCGCCUCCACGUCGGCCGCUCCUCCAUCCACCUCCGCCGCAUCAGCGACAGCCGCGGCUGCAUCCGCUCGCUCGACAGCACAACCCCCAGCGUCAAGAUCUCCGUCCACGACGCCCCCACCAUCACCGAACUCGACGCCUCCUCCAACUUCUGCGUCGGCGACCGCAUCAACUUCGCCCUCUCCGGCACCGCGCCCUUCCACAUCUUCUACACCUUCGAAGGCCACGCGCGCAAAGCCGUCGUCCAAUCUACCACGUUCCGUCGCUUGGCUGAGAAACCCGGUACGUUCGUCGUCACGGGUGUCCAAGAUAGUGCCUCCGGCUGCAAGUCGACCACACACAUCGAAAAGCACAUCCACGGCCUCCCCUCCGUCCGCGUUUCAGACGGCCGGGACUCGUACAUUGACAUCCACGAAGGCGGCUCGACCGAGAUCCAGUUCGAUUUCGGUGGCGCGCCGCCUUUCGAGUUCACGUACACUCGGAGUUCGAACACGGAGAAGAAUGGACGGAAAGCGGGUGCGGUGUUGGAUAUGCAUUCGGAGGUCAGUGACGGACAUCGCAUGCGGGUGAGGGCGCAUGAGGAGGGGACGUAUGAGGUUGUUAGUAUCAAGGAUCGGUAUUGUGCGUAUUCGAAGCCGGGGGUGAAGGUCGGUGGGGAGGGGGGACAGAGGAGGUUGACGUAUUGA